AUGCCCCAACCACCCCCUCCCCCCGCCCUCCCCUCGCGGCCCUGUAAAACUCUGCGCAGCGACGCCGGGAGUCACUUGCGCCUCAGCCUCCGGAGGAACCGCAGCAGCGCCCGUCGUCCCGUGGAAAGUCGAGUCGAAGAAGAAAUCCUGAAGAGAGCGAAGAUGCGGCUGCUGUUGGCUUCUGCUGCGCUGCUGUGGCUGAGCGCAGCGGCGGCGGAGACGGUCGAGGUGCAGCUCCAGCAGGGCGCCAUCGUGGGCUCGAGGUCCGAGGCCAAGGGCGGCAGGGCCUUCUACGGCUUCCUGGGCAUUCCCUUCGCUCAGCCUCCGGUCGGGGCACUCAGGUUCAAGGAUCCCGUGGCCGCCGGGGCGUGGGAGGGCGUGAGGAACGGCACCGUGGCCCCGCCCUUGUGCCCGCAGCCGGACGCGCCCUCGGACUGGAUGCAGGAGGACUGCCUCUACCUCUCCGUGUUCACGCCGCAGCCCAACCGGACUGACCUCCCCGUGAUGGUGUGGCUUCCCCAAGGAGGCUUCAUCAGCGACGCGACGCCCCUGUUCCAGCCGGAGUUCCUCCUGGCGAAGGACGUGGUCCUCGUCGUCCUGCAGCACCGCCUCGGCGUCCUGGGAUUCCUGUCGACCGAGGACGCCGAGCUCCCUGGCAACCUGGGGCUGAAGGACCAGGCGAUGGCCCUUCGCUGGGUGCAGGACAACAUCCGCGACCUCGGCGGAGACCCAGACAAGGUCACCAUCUUCGGCCAGAACGCGGGGGGCGCGGCUGUGCACUACCACAUGCUGUCUCCCAUGUCCAGUGGCCUCUUCCAGCGAGCCAUCAUGCAGUCGGGGGCGGCGCUGUGUCCCUGGGCGCUCCGGGAGGACCACCGGCAGGUGGCCUUCGGCUUCGGCCGCAUGGUGGGCUGUCCGGGCGAGCGCGCGGACGCCGCCAACAGCACGGCGCUCGUCGACUGCCUCAGGGACGUCCCCGUCGAGCAGCUGAUGGCCGUGACGCCCUACAUCACGGUGAGCGAGCGUCCUUCUGGACGGCUUAUUGAGUGUGUGUGUGUCUAUGUGCAUUCAUGCGUCCCUGGAUCAGUAAACGGACAGAAGGAAACGUGACCCUCGCCUCCGCCCAC